AUGGCCUUGCCUGGCGCCGAUACCACCAGCACCUCGGGCAGCAUGGCCGGACCGGGGCUGCGCCGCCGGGGGAGCGGGGCGCCGGGCCCGCCGGACGUCGGGGCAGAGCCGCCCCCCACGCGAGCCCCGCGGGUCUACACCCGCACCGGGGACAAAGGAUUUUCCAGCACGUUCACAGGCGAGAGGAGGUCAAAAGACGAUCAAGUAUUUGAAGCUUUGGGAACAACAGAUGAAUUGAGUUCAGCUAUUGGACUUGCUAGUGAAUUAAGCAGUGAAAGUGGCCAUACAUUUGCCGAACAACUGCACAAAGUCCAGUGCAUGCUGCAGGAUGUCGGGGCCAACAUUGCCACCCCCAUCUCUUCAGCCAGGGAGGCUCACUUAAAACGGACCUCAUUUACUGAAAAGCCAGUGCUGGAGCUGGAGCAGUGGAUUGAUAAAUACACAGAACAACUUCCACCUCUCACUGCUUUCAUUUUGCCUUCAGGAGGUAAGAGUAGCGCUGCCCUCCACUUCUCCAGGGCCGUCUGCCGCAGAGCAGAGAGAUGCGUGGUUCCCAUAGUGCAAGCAGGAGAAGUGGAUCCAAACGUGGCCAAAUAUUUGAACAGACUCAGUGAUUAUCUCUUCGUUUUGGCACGUUAUGUUGCAAUGAAGGAAGGGAAGGAAGAAAAAAUAUACACCAGGAGUGAGCCGUAAGUUGCAGGUGAUGCUUCUUACUAUACCAGGAGAAGCUAAAUCUGGUAAAGAUUCUCUCUGCAGGGAAGAGAGACUGCACCUGGAUCCAGGGUACCCAUUGCCCAACCAUCCUGUGACUGAACUGGCUUAGGGUCUGCCUUUAUAAACCUGUAAGGAGAGCUCAGCUGGUCUGCAAAACUCACCUGCUUCCAUUAGCUAGUUUCCAGAUCCAAGCAUCCAGUUCUAAAAACUGCCUUGGAAAUGGCUUCAGAAUGACUCUCUGACAGCUGACUGAAAGUUAAAUCCCAUUUCACUUCUCAGAGCAGUGGCAGGUGUUGCUGAAGGAAUUUGACAGAGCUCCGAUGAAAGGAAUAGAAAAAUGUGCGUGACAUCUCUCUCAAAAGCUGAAAGUAUCAAUAGUAAAGAGAACCAGGGCAUGGAUUCAGGGACCCAGUCCAUAAGCUCUAAAAUACAGCAUGAGUAACUUGCAUCAGAAGGUCCCUUUGCUACCAAAUCCAGCCUGCUUUUUCCCUUUUUAAGCUGGCUGCACUCCAUCAAUUCUGGCUGCAGCUGAAGGAAGGGUUCAUAGGUUUAAGGAGAGCACUAAGUGCCUGUCUAUACACAUGUGGAGAAUCACUUGGUAUCGCAGCACAUCUGCUGCCAGCUACGGGCUAGUGCAUCAACAAGAGAUUAAAGAACCAGUGGGCCAAAUCUCUCAGUCCUUCUGCAGACAAGCCCAGCCUUGUGGCUAA